AUGCAGAACAAGGAAAUCAACAAAGAGCUCGUGCAGUGGGCUUACGACAAUCUCUCAAACCUUCCUCGUGGAGAGGAGUACGAGAAGAUGAUUCUGGGGAUGCCUUACGACUGUUUCAACAGAGAGCUCUGGUUGGCACGGAACUUGUCGACGGAAAUGGCUCUUGACUACGCCAACAUUCGUAUGAAAGAUUUCAACUACGACCUUGACAAGUACUACAACGCCCGCUACGAGUACUUGCAGAAGCUCUUGGGCAAAGUGGAGCCCGACCUUGUACUUGAGGCGCCCUUCUACGUCGACUACGGGUGCAACACCAAGUUUGGAAAGAAGAAUUACUUCAAUUUCAAUCUUACCCUUUUGGAUUGCACGUUGAUAACGUUUGGCGAUAACGUCAUGGCCGGACCCAACGUGACCUUCACCACGGCGACCCACCCAACCGACCCCACACUCCGAUUGAAGGGCGUCGAGUACGCUGCUCCUAUCACUGUGGGCAAUAACGUGUGGUUUGGCAGCAAUAUUGUUGUAUUGCCGGGCGUGAACAUUGGCGACGGCGCUGUGAUUGGAGCUGGCAGUGUCGUGACCAAGAAUGUCCCUGCCUACACGGUUGUUGUGGGCAACCCGGCCAAGGUCUUGAAGACAUUAACACCUGAAGAUAACAUUGAAGAAAUCAAGGAGGACUUGAAGUGA